AUGGAAGAUGGCGAAGAAAUCCCGCAGCUAUCGGAAGCUCUUAUUGCACAAGAGGCUGACCCUCCACAAGAUGAUGAUGAUCGUGUUCCUCUCACAAUCGUGACCGGGUAUCUUGGAGCUGGCAAGACAACGUUGUUGAAUUAUAUUCUGACGGAAAAUCACGGGAGACGAAUCGCAGUGAUUAUGAACGAGUUUGCGGACACAGCCGACAUCGAAUCACGGACGAUCAAUGUUUCUUCCGAAUUUGGUCUGACCGAGGAAGUGCUCGAGCUUGCCAAUGGAUGUCUAUGCUGUUCUGUCAAGGAUUCCGGCGCUGCCGCUAUCGAAAAGCUGAUGAAGAAGAAGGGGAAAUUCGAUUAUAUUCUUCUGGAAACUACUGGAGUAGCCGAUCCAGGUGGCUUGCCUACGCCGCUUUGUCCAAUUGCUGUCAUGUUCUGGCAAAACGAAGAAUUGGCGUCUGAUAUCUAUCUCGACGGGGUGGUGUGUGUUAUUGAUUCCGUAUUUGGCGCAGCACAGCUCAGCGAACGGUCUGAAAAUUGCGUUAAUGAUGGGCAAAGACAGGUAGCAUGUGCUGACGUUGUUCUUGUCAACAAGACCGACAUAGCCACGGCUUCUCAAUUAAACGCCCUCGAAACAAUCAUUCGAGGUAUUAAUCCGACGGCCCCUCAACUCCUCACCCGGCACGGGGCAGUCAACUUAGAACUAAUCCUGGGGCUGAACGCGUACGAAAAACUGCCAGAAUUCCCAUCUGCUUUCGGGUCAAUAGAUUCAUGUGGUGAGGAGAGUCAUUGCAACGAUCCGUCCCACACGCAUCAUUCGCAUGUCAGCUAUCUCAACGAGAUUUCUGCGUGUAUCAUUGAUUUACCUCCGUUGGAUGUCAACCAAACGAAAAAGCUAGAUGAAUUUAUUAGGUCCCUUCUUUGGGAUAAUGUCUUACUGAGCCCAGAAGGCUUUGAAACAGUCGAUUACGAGAUAUUACGCGCGAAAGGCAUCUUCAGCGCAGACGGAAAGGAAUACAUUUUGCAAGGUGUCCGGAACAUCUAUGACAUUAAUGAGGUGAUCGGAAUAGAGGGAGUACGCUUGAACGGAAAGCUUGUAUUUAUUGGCAAGGGCCUGAGUGGAACCGUUGCAUUGUCACCAAGUUUAUACCGAUAUCUUGGUAUCAAAUCAUGUUAG